AUGAAGAGACGGAUUGACUUAUGUCGUCAAAUUUUUGAAAUCCAGCCAGCAUAUAGAACAAAGAAAUGCAUUUACUCAAUAAACUCUAAUAGUAUCCUAUAUAAUGUCGUAGAUACGAAUGUCAAAUUUUUAAAACAUAAACAUGCGGCAGAGGCAGUUACGUAUCAAGACUUAUUCUCUCUAGCAAACUUCAAUCCAUCAUUUGAUGGUAAAAUAACUUCAAAAUUAUUAUCAUAUAUUCCACAAAAUCAAACAGAGAUCGAAAUCAUCAUUAUACAUCUCCUAUUUGCAUCUGCUUCAUUGUUUUACUUCUACGAUAACUCCAUGGAAAUUCAAAACUGUGCAGAUUUUUUUCAAUUAAUUUGCAAGUUCCCAAAUUCUUUAUAUCAAGAUCUCAUCGCAUCCGCAAUAUCAGAAGUAUACUUAAUAUGUGUAUCUCUUGACUUCGAUACACAUUUUGACUUAAUUUUAUCAACUCUUUCCGAAUAUAUCAAUACAAUCAACUUAAAUCCAACAAAUUUGAUAUCUAAAAUCAUAGAUUCCAUAGAAGUUAUCGCAAAAAAGACCGAUUACGAAAAAAAUUCUCAUGGACCAACAUUUUUGACUUUUUUAACAACAGUUAUAGCAGAUCACACGGAAUUCUUUACGAACGAGAUGUAUGACAACUUGUUCAGGAUCAUACAACCUUAUAUCUUGCAGUUACACGAGAAUUGUUUAAAUAUUUUUUAUUUAAUUCACAAAAAUCUCGAUUUGACACUGAUUUCUGAGUUCGUCAACAACUUCUUUGAAAGGAUAUGCACGGAAAUAGAGUCAGAAUCCCCUUAUUACGAUGUUUUGUCGAUUGAUUCGUUGGAAUUAGAACUAGAAAAAUCUCCAAUGUAUCAGAUGAUUUUUCCUCAAAGAAAAACCUUCCAAAACGGUUUUAUUCUGCCAGAUAUCGUUCAAAAAUCGGGAGAAUCGAAAAAUAUAAUAAAUCCAAAAUAUCAAGACAAAGUAUCACUCGUUUUCAAGAUAAUCAGUAACAUUGAAUCAGCCUACAUCGCAUUACUGUUCAAAUUCAUAACAAAAGUCAAAAUUGCAAAAGAUACAAAAUAUUAUUUUGAUUAUUGUGGGUUAUUAGUACUUUAUUUACUAAUCGGACGAAUACAAAUUGAAAAAUCAGACUUUCCAAUACCAGAAUUCAUUGGAAAUCCAAAAAUUUCCACAUCAAAUACAAAUAAUUUGUAUUCUAUGAGAUUUUUCUUUUUGUACUUGAUUCUUAUUAACUUUAACCAAGAUUUAGAUAAAUUCCUAUUGCAAAUGGCCCAUUUUCCUAUCCUGUUCUCUGAAUAUUUACAUAUUUUGAUGAAUUUGAUGGCAGAUUUAAUUCCUUAUAUCCAAAAUCAUACAAAUAUCAUACAGACACUAGCUUCAAUAUCGAUACAGCUUCAAUUGGCCAAUUUCAAGGCAAAUGAAAAUAUUUCUGAAAUUGAAAGCUGCAGAUUAACACUUUUCAAGCUUUUUGAGGAUCUUCUGGAUAAAGAUGACAUAAUGAUACAGUUCUUUGCCAAUCCUUUGUUCACUUCUCAUAUCAUUUCAUUAUUAUACGAAGAAAACGUUCGAGAAUUUGCUCUUAGCAAGUUAUGUAGAUAUAUAUCAAUAUCAGAAACUCUUCCUUGUUUGAUUUCGAUAAUUAAUCCUUUAUUUGACCAAAUUUCAAAUUAUUCUAUUUCAGAUGAUCGACAACAAUCAAUUUUACUCAUGAUUAUCAAGUCUAUUAACAAUAACGCGAGAAACAUCCAACUUUUUGUUGAUUUUACCGAUCAAUUAACAAUUGUCUUAAAAUCUUUGACAAAAACUGAAUUUUCAGAAGAAAUUGUUCUUGAAAUCAUCAAAUUAUUCGUUACCAUGUCACAAGAAACAUGUUUGAAGCAUCAUUGGGUCGAAGAUUUAGAAUUUUGUUAUAAUCAGUUAGAUUUACACGACGAAAGGUCAUUUAUCGGUAUGGAAAGUUUAUUACUAGGCAAGAAUGUUGAUUCCAUUGUUUUAAAUGUUGAAAUUAAGAAUGAUUUCGUAUUUCCAAUAAUUUUCAGAAUUUUUUAUCGAAAGAAGGAAGAUUUGAUGCAAUACUUCAUCAGUUUAUGCAACUAUUCAAAUAUCAAUGCCAGAUUGAUGCAUUUUAGCAAAUUAGAUUUAGAAAUAAUAAAAAUCUUCGAACAAGAUUCAUCAGAUGACGAAUUACUUGAAUUAUUUUAUCAUAUAUCAUCUGUUUCAUCAUCUCCACAGAUUGUUCAACAGUUUUUGGCUUUAUUCAGUUUAAUUCAUAAAAGAUUUGUCAGACCGAGGUCGAAUUACGUUAAUUUAUUAUCAAAAUUACUUAUUGAUAUACAAGGGAAGCCAGAGAUGUCGUUAUCAUUGUCAGAACGUCAUGAAUUCAACUUUUCAAGUGAAUUUAAUCAAUUUGCAAUUUCAUUUUGGUUGAAUUUGACAUCUACAAGCCAAGGAACAAUUAUCUCUUUAUCUAGAAACGAUUCCGAUGAAGAGAAACUGUUGAUGAUCAAAGAAAAAGAUUUUUUGUGUAAAGGAUAUCGAAUAAACACAAAAAUCUCUUUUUCAAAAUGGAUUUUUGUUGUUUUGAGCCUCAAAAAUUCGACUUUGAGAAUUUUUAUAGAUUCCGACCAAAUUUCAAAUAUAAAAAUUUCUCAAAAUGUCAAAAAUUUCAAUAAAUUAAUUAUUGGAAAUUUGACAGACGAUAACGAUUAUUCUUCUCAAAUUUCGAAUGUAGUAAUUAGUGAUUUAUUGAGUGUACAAAAGAUUCAGGAGUAUUACAGGAAAGGACCGAGGAGUAUGUUUCAGUUUGAUAAUCCAAUUUUUGCUGUUUCUUAUUCAUUGAUUUCUAAAAUACAAAAGAAUGUCGACAGAAAAUUUGCAAACAUUCUGUUGAGAUUCUUCAGAGUCAACAUUUUGCUGCCUUUGUUCGCUCAGUUGGAUUUGGAAAUGAUUGACUUCAAAUCUGUUCAAUAUCUUAUGUCUAAAUACACAAACAAAAUAGAAGAAAAGAAAUUGGAAAAAUUAGAAAAUGAAAUUGAUCAAGGAAAAGAAAAAAUUUCUCUAGAAAAUUUGGAAAAUUUUGAUCAAGGAAAUAAUGAAAAACCUCAAGAAAAUGUUGAUGAAAAUGAAAAAUUAGAAAAAAUUUAUAAUGAAAAUAUCGAAAAAUCUCAAGAAAAUGUUGAUGAAAAUGAAAAAUUAGAAAAAAUUUAUAAUGAAAAUAUCGAAAAAUCUCAAGAAAAUGUUGAUGAAAAUGAAAAAUUAGAAAAAAUUUAUAAUGAAAAUAUCGAAAAAUCUCGAGAAAAUGUUGAUGAAAAUGAAAAAUUAGAAAAAAUUUAUAAUGAAAAUAUCGAAAAAUCUCGAGAAAAUGUUGAUGAAAAUGAAAAAUUAGAAAAAAUUUAUAAUGAAAAUAUCGAAAAAUCUCGAGAAAAUGUUGAUGAAAAUGAAAAAUUAGAAAAAAUUUAUAAUGAAAAUAUCGAAAAAUCUCGAGAAAAUGUUGAUGAAAAUGAAAAAUUAGAAAAAAUUUAUAAUGAAAAUAUCGAAAAAUCUCGAGAAAAUGUUGAUGAAAAUGAAAAAUUAGAAAAAAUUUAUAAUGAAAAUAUCGAAAAAUCUCGAGAAGAAAAAAGUGAAAUUCUUCAAGAAAAAACUGACAAAAAAUUAGAAAAAUUUGAUGGAAAAGAAAAGAGAGAAAAUGAUGAAAAUAAUCAAGAAAAAUCUUUUGAAGAAAAGAAAGAAAUUUCUAAUGAAAAUCAAGAUGAAAUAUCUCAACAAAAUUCUCAAGAAGAAAUAACAGAAAACUAUGAAAAAACAAAAGAUGUUGAUCAAGAAAAAUCAUCUGAAGGAAAAGUUGAAAAAUCAAAAGCAAUUUUGUCUGAAAAUAAUCAAGAAAAAUCCGAAAAAAUUCUUCAUGAAAAAACUGACAAAAAUGAAGAAAAAUCUUCUGAAGAAAACUCAAAAGAAAACAAUGAAAAUAAUCAAGAGAAAUCCGAAAAAAUUCUUCAUGAAAAAACUGACAAAAAUGAAGAAAAAUCUUCUGAAGAAAACUCAAAAGAAAACAAUGAAAAUGAUCAAGAGAAAUCCGAAAAAAUUCUUCAUGAAAAAACUGACAAAAAUGAAGAAAAAUCUUCUGAAGAAAACUCAAAAGAAAACAAUGAAAAUGAUCAAGAGAAAUCCGAAAAAAUUCUUCAUGAAAAAACUGACAAAAAUGAAGAAAAAUCUUCUGAAGAAAACUCAAAAGAAAACAAUGAAAAUAAUCAAGAAAAAUCCGAAAAAAUUCUUCAUGAAAAAACUGACAAAAAUGAAGAAAAAUCUUCUGAAGAAAACUCAAAAGAAAACAAUGAAAAUAAUCAAGAAAAAUCCGAAAAAAUUCUUCAUGAAAAAACUGACAAAAAUGAAGAAAAAUCUUCUGAAGAAAACUCAAAAGAAAACAAUGAAAAUGAUCAAGAGAAAUCCGAAAAAAUUCUUCAUGAAAAAACUGACAAAAAUGAAGAAAAAUCUUCUGAAGAAAACUCAAAAGAAAACAAUGAAAAUAAUCAAGAGAAAUCUAAAGAGAUUCCAAAUGAAGAUGAUGAUAAGACGGAGGAGGAAAUUCCAGUUGAUGAAAAAAUUAGAAAUCAAGAGAGAAUCAGAGAGCAGUUAGAGAAGAGAAAGAAAAUUGAUGAAUUAAUAAUAAAUGAAUUAUUGACUAAAUCCAAAAAUGACCAAAUCGAUGUAAGUAAUUUAACAAUUCUUCCAAAUGAUGUCUCUAUAAUUGACAUCAUAAGUCUCCUUUCUUUGGCUCUUUACGCAGGAGAAAAAGAAGAAAUUGAUUUUGUCUCAAAUGAUGGAACAAAAAUUUUGUCACAUUUGUUGACUUCACUUAACCAUUUUCAUUUAACAAUUGAUUGCUACAAAUCACUGUUUUUAGUUGUAGAAACAUCAUUGACAGAAGACAUAAAGAAUUCCAUGAUGAAAGACAUUCUUUUGAACUUCAAUAUUUGGAGAUUUUCUCCUGACCAAACUCAAAUUUAUUCUUAUUUGUCAGAAAAAAUUUUUGAAUAUUCACCAACAUUAAUUUGCCAGAAUUUGUCAUUGAACAAACUCCUAAACACAAUAAGAAUCUAUUUCUGGUACGAUAGAUUGGAAAUUCACAAUGACGAUAGAAAAGUGACAGACAUAACUGAAGUGAGAAAAUUUUUAUUUAAUUUUGGUUUAAACAUUGCGUGGCAUUCAUUAACUAUGAAGAGUUUCAAGAAAAUUAUAUCACAUAUCAUAACUGUUCCCGAUGAUCGACAAAGAAAAGAUUUGUUACAGUUUUUGUUGAGUGUAACAAGUCAUAAUUCAAUUAUCUUUAAUUUGGGAACACAAGUUUUGACUUUUUCAAAACAAUUGAAUAGUUUAUUUAAUUCUGACGAUGAAGAAAUCAUAUUUUUGACGAUUUCUAGUAUUUCUGCUUUGCUUUAUUGUUUCCCUGAAAUGAAACCGAAAUUUGUCACUUUUGCCACUUCACUUGACCAAAUAAUUCCACAAAGAAAAUUUGGAGUUUUGUUUUUACAGAAAAUUGUUUCAAUUUUACCUGCUUUCCCUGAACUAUUCAAAUUUAUCACUUUUGUAUCAAUGAACUCACGAAAUAGUUUAGUUUAUGAUGUCAUGGAACCUUCCAUUAAGUUCACAACCAUUGAUUACUGGUACAAAUAUUCGAUUGUUCACGCGAUAAAUGACAAAGAAUCACAAAUUUUCACUUUUCUUUGCAAAUGUAAACUGGAAAACACAUUUGAGUUCGCAAUGAUGACUGAUUUGAUCUGUAGAUCUAUAAAUAAGGACCAAUACCAUUAUUUGUCACUUUUGAUAUCGGCUUCACUUCACUUUGCAUUUGAUUCACGAGCUAAAACACCAUUGAUGAAUAAUUUAGUUAAUAUUGCAUUCCAUUUCAUAUUUUUCCAUGAUGGAUUUGCGAAAACAAACAAAAACAUUGAUUAUUUGUUUGAAAAAUCUCCGUUUUCUGACAAAGAAAGAAUGAUUUUGUCUUCUAGAUCAAAUCCUAACAUUGCCUCUUUCUCUCCAAAGAGAAACUACAAGAAUAUUUCUAAAUCUAAUCCAAAUUUAACUGAUUUGACUGAUUCAGUUGAUGACUCUGAUGAAAAAUUACAAAGAUUUUUCUUGGAUGAUUCUGAAACAGAUAAUUCUUUGAUUUUAGAGAAAAAUCAAGAAAUUCCUGAAAAUUCUGAACAAAAAACUGAAAAUCAAAAUAAUAAUGAAAAAUCUGACAAAAAUUCUGAAAAAAUGUCAGAAAAUGUCAAAAAUAUACAAGAAAAAAUUAAUGAAAAAGAAAAUUCUUCUAAUAAUCAAAGUCCAGAUAAAAAUACAGAAAAAUUGACAGAAAAUGUCAAAAAUCAAGAAAAUUCAGAAGAAAACGUCAAAUUUUCAGAAAAUUUGUCAGAAAAUGUCAAAAUUUCUGAUGAAGAAAAAUCGAAAAUUAGUCAAAAUAAUGAGACAACGAGUAUUAAUACUUUGUUGAAUGAAAAUACGAAGUCAAGUGACAAUUUGUCAGAGAAUGAUAAGACACCGAAUUCAUCGAUAUUAAAUGAAUCAGAGAACAUGUCAAAUUCGAAUUUAUCAGAGUCAGAGAGAUUUAUUUCUGAUUCAAACAUUUCAGAAUCAGAUCUAAGUGAACAAAUAAAUCAUUCCGAAGUAGAAAAACUCCAGUUAAAUCUCACUGACCAACUGAUAAAGAAGUACAGAUUUGUUCCAACGAAAGAACAAUUUUCUCUCCGAAUUUCAGACAAAAAAGGAAAAUGGGAAGAUUUUUCUUUGAGUUUGCUUUUACUCAAAAUUUUCUCUGUCUACAAAUUAGACAAUGUCCACUCGUUUUCUUCAAUUGUUUUGUACUUCUUACAUCAAUCAAAUGACGUAGGAAAACAAAUUGCAAAUGAUUUGUACAGAGACAAUGUAAAAGUUUUGAGUGACGAUAAUAGCGGUUAUUUUGUAAUGUUUAGAGACAAAAUCACCGGAAAAUUUUCAACAAACUCAUUCAAUAUUUUGAAUGACAUCAACAAAUUCAACAAUUUUAAUUACAAUGAUCAUUUUUUGGCCGAAAUCAAGAGUAUAAGGAAAAACAUUAAUUAUUUAUCUGUCAAUUCAAUUAAAGUUCUUCCAAACUCUUUACCUCCAGAAAUCUUUAACUUCGAAGAGAAAAUUUCCAAUUUCUACAACGAAAUUCAAUCUUUUAAGAAUGAAAAUCGAAAGAAAUGGCACAUUUUCUGGUCAAAUGCUUCACAAGGACCAUUUAUGAAUAAAAAUGAACAGAAAACAAAAAGAUUCAAGAGAGAUGAAAGUUUGUUUUACUGCAUGUGCCCGUGGAGACUGAAAAUAAACAGAAAAUUCGAUGACCACACGAAAGAAUCAAUCGCAAGAGAACUCGGAAACUCCCAGAAACAAGAAGAAGCAAUGAAAAUGUUUAAAGAAAAAGAAAACGAAGAAAAAGUGACACUUCCAAAACUUCUUGAAAUUGUUGACACAAAAACAAAAGAAAACAAAGUCGAAGGAAAUGAAAACCAAAUUUCUGAAUUUGAUUGUGAAUUAAUAACGAUCAAAAAGUGUCAAAAAUGUAAAUUUAUAAUUUGCAAAUCAUUUUUGAUGAUAGAAAACAAUUUCAAGAAGACGAAAAUUGUUUAUUUCCAUGAGAUAUCGAGAAUACUACAAAGACCAAAAUUCCAAAGAAUUACAGCAAUUGAAAUUUUUACAAAAAGUGGCAGAUCUUAUUUUGUGAACUUUACACAAAGAAAUUUGCCAAAAGUGAUAAAAUCUUUGACAUAUCACUUGACGAAUGAAAACAUUUUGAUCCAGAAGACAUCGAAUUUUGCGAAGUUCUUUUCACAACAAAAUCUAACAGAAAAAUGGCUGAAUUACGAAUUAUCUAAUUUUGAAUACUUGAUGUUAAUAAACGUCUUUUCAGGACGAUCAUUUAGCGAUUCGAGCCAAUAUCCAUUUAUGCCAUGGACUUUGAAAGAAUUCAAGAAAUCCAAUUUGGAUUUAGCAGAUGUAAGUAAUUAUAGAGAUUUGACGUUACCUAUUGGACAAGUUGAUAAAGAGAGAUACGAAAUGUUGAAACAAAGAGUUGAUUUAGGCCAAACAAACUUUUUGUAUUCGAGUUUUUGUGUUUCACCUUUGAGUUUGUUUUUGUGGUUGAUAAGAACAGAACCAUUUACAACUUUGCACACUGAAAUGCAGAGUGGAAAAUUCGAUGUUCCAAGUAGAAUUUUCAAAUCGAUUUCGGAAGCUUAUAAACUUGCAACAACAAGAAUUAAUGAUUACAGAGAAUUGAUCCCAGAAUUUUUCUAUUUCCCUGAAUUUCUUUUGAAUUUAAACGGUUUUGACUUUGGCCAAGUUCGUGAUGAAAAAGUUGAUGAUGUCAAAUUACCUCCGUGGUCAAAGAAUGCUGUUGAAUUUGUUUAUAAGAUGAGAGAAAGUUUGGAAUCCGAUUAUGUGUCAGAAAACAUCAAUAAUUGGAUUGAUUUUUAUUUCGGUGUUGACCAAAAGAAAGAAAACAAUUUGUUCUGCGAAACAUGUUAUUCAGGAAUUUGGACAAAAGAAUUACUUAAGAACAAGGAACAGAGAGAUACAAUUGAAGCACAAAUGACUUUGUUGGGACAAUUUCCUCAACAAAUUUUCACUCAAAAACAUCCAAAAAGAAAGCCGAGAAAAGAUAUAAUAAAUGAUAUGAGAGAAAACAACAAACUGAAGAUCUCGGAGAAUAAAAUCAAAUCUGCUUCAAUCAAUGAACAUUUAGUGACAAUUUUGUCAGAAAAUGAAAUUAAAGUUAUUGAAAUCAAUCCAGAAAAUUUCAAAAUUAUGAAAAAUUAUUUGAAUGAAAAUGUCGAAAUUGUUUUGAAUGAGAAUUUGUAUUUGACGAAAACAUACUCAAUACAAUCAUUCAACAACACAAACGACAAAAUUGUUGACUUAGUGAAUGUUUCUUGUUAUUCUCUCAAGAGAAAAUCAAAAAUUGUUGUUUCUUAUGAUUCAAUUUUGAAUAUUUUCAAAGAUAAUUUCACAAUUUCAGUUCCAUUUUAUGGAGAGUCAAUCAAAUGUUGUGAUGUUUCAACCGAGUAUGGCUUAGUUAUUUGUGGAACAUCAUCAUUCUCAGUCAACAUUUGUAAGUUGAAUGAUGGAUCAAAGAUUCAAACAUUAGAUUUAGAUUUUUGUCCAAACUUUGUUUUGAUCACAAAUAAAUGGGGUUUCAUUUAUUGUCUUGACAAAACAGGCAACAUUAUGGGAUCUACCCUCAAUGGAACUGUUUUCAUGCGAAAUAACCAUUUUGGGAAGGAAAUCACAUGUUUGACAUCGUUUUCAUCAAAUUUCGGCUUUGAUUACAUUGCUCUUGCAUAUGAAGAUGGAAAAAUCGUUGUUUUUGAUGCAUUUUACGGCAUGAAUGAAGGAAACAAACAAUCAUUUAGAUGCUACAGCAAAGUUAUCUCACUGAAAUAUCUUUAUGAUUUGAAAUGUCUUUGUGCAAUCACAGAGAAUGGUUUCAUUCACUUCUUUUAUGUACAAUUAUAA